UUGUAUUUCCAAUUUAUAACCUCAUCUCAUUAGUUUCUAAUACUUCGUUGUUAAAAGUUACAUUCUCUGUAUUUUAGUUUGAUUUGUCACUUAUUCAGUUGGUAAUUUUCCAAUUUUAUUCAAUUUAAAAAAACAAAUGUAUAACUAUUCUACAAAAACGUUGACUUUUCUUAGUAGAAACACCAUUUGAAUUUGAACGGUUGAGGUUAAAUUCUAAACAAUUUGAAUGUUAAGAACGGUGAAAAUUACUGAUUAGGCCUAAUCCUCCAAAAUCUGUAGUUUUGUUUUGUCUUCUUUUCUUAAAUUAUAAAGUAUGUUGAUUUUUGAACUGUUGAAUUUCAGUAACAUUAUUCUAUAAGACAUAGGCUACAACUUAAGUUAACUAUGGAUAAAGUUACAAGUUUCAACAACCAAACUGCUGGACGCGAUAAAUUAGCAAGGCUUCUACAGUACCUGAGUAGACUCGUAUGGCAUUAUAUGCAAAAGAGAAAUUAUGACAGAAAAUCCAUUGAAACUUUGAAAACUCUCGAAUAUACUUUUGGAAACUUUCGAAAAUUGCUGAGGCUGGGUCGUUGCGUGGACGCGCUGCACAGUGCAUUGAAGUCGCUGCACUACAAAGAGACAUGGGUGCGUAUGACAUGCACGAUGUCACGCAUAGCGCAUGCGUUCUACCUGCUGUGCGACCACAUGGUAUGGGCUGGCCGCAGUGGAGUGGCCGACAUCGACGCCCAACGCUGGGCAAACAACGCCAACCGCUAUUGGCUGCUCUCCAUCUACUGCAAUCUCAUCAGAGAUGCCUAUGAAAUAUUCAAGCUCAUCCAAGUCCACAAACACAGUUCUUCAAAACGUUCAGUUAUGCGUAAGACACCCAAUCAUCUGGCUAACUUGAUCGUUAACAAUAAGGAAGUCGCCAUAGAUACGUUGAAAAAUGCAUGUGAUGUGCUGAUACCGUUGACUGCUCUAGGAUUCGUGAAACUAAGCCCGGGAGCAACUGGCCUUUUGGGUGAUUCCUCGAUAGCGGCGAUUGUUACCAUUGUUGAUCCCUUCUACAAAUUAGCUCCUUCUUAAUGCAUGUAUAUUAUAAAUCUAUGUGCUUGUGAAGUGAUAUAGGUGAUGGGUGUGAAAAGGUAGAGGCGAUAAAUUAUUCUCUUCAAGAUAUUUUCAUAAUGCUGAAUAGACAUAUUUGUGCAAUAUAUUUUGGGGUGAUUGUUGAUAGAGUUUAAGAGAUUUUUAACUGUAUUCUCUGUUGCUGUUGAGCUGCAUACAGACUUGAGCGCCACGAACACGCAUAUUUCGCUUUUCAUCGGCUGAUUAUAUCUGUAUUUGUACAGAACAGUAAGGUUAGUAUAAUAAGUGUAGCAUCAGCUGAUGAAAAGUGGAAUGCGCAUGUUCGUGGCGCUCAAGUCUGUACUCAGCUACAGACAGACCGAGGAAAAUUCAAACAUUUGAAUGCUGACGUGAACAAACAUACGCAGACCGACGGACGUCCGUGUGCGUUGCAACAUUCGUUAACCUGGGGAGGGAUUUUUGUCCACCUAUCUGCAUACGUCCGUCUACUGUAGUAUGAGCUGGCCUUGAGACUCACUAGCUAUACUGCCAUUGUCUAGAAGUCUGUUAUACCACAAUAUAGCGAUUUUCACAUAACUAUAACUAAGAUAGCAUGGUUUUCGAGAAGCUUUUAUCGUUAGUACAAUUUCAUCACUAUUUAGAGCCAGCUGCAAGAUUUAAGGAUUUUUGAAAAGAAAUUGCGCUGAUUGGAGUAAAAAAGAUCUGUUAAAUCUGGCAUCACUAGUCCAGUAGAUGAAACCAACAUUUUAUGGAAAAAACAAAUAUCUCAAAUAAAUUACAGUAAUGUUUAAAAAGACUAGAAGACUAGCAGAUAAAAUAAACAUUCAAUCGAUAAACAUUAGAAAAGAAGAACAUACAGCAAGUUAUGAUGUGAAGAUGAAACCUAACAACAAGAGCUUUGUUCAGAACCUUGAUCAAAAUCAUGCAAGAUUUGUAACUAUUUUUAUUACUUCUAAAGCUUUGAUUAAGCUGCCAAAAAUCUCCACAUGUUGCCUCUAAAAUUUCUCCCUGAGUUUUAUUAAUUGAAUGUGAUAACUUUAUUUCUUCUAAAGAGUUUUCAAGUACCUAGUACCUUUUUUUUGUUGACAGACAGUCAUUUUCUGUCAUUGUAGAUGGCAAUACGCCUUUGUUUUGAAAAUAUGACCCCCAAAUCAGUUUUAGUAGUUAUACUAAAAACACUAGAAGACUAAUACUAAUGAUUUUUUUACAAAUAAUGGCAUUAGUAAGGCUUCAAUAUAAAAUUUCUGGUAUUUUCCGAUAAUUUAGGUGAGUCUGAACUUCUAAAAAAUACAUUUCAUUGUUUAUCAUUCUUGUUCAGCAGCGUACUGUUUUGUUUCGCUUCAAUUUUUUCAGCUGAACGCUCUAGUUGUUUCAAAUGGAGUUGCACAAACCGCAGUGGAUUCAAAACGCGGACUACAUGUGAUAUAUCUACUAAAUCGUUUGCAUAGUGAUCGGAAAACUCCUUUAAAUUUCAUUUCUCUACCGAUAUCUCGGCGACCAUUCUAACCUUGGUGUCCGCGUUACCAAUCUGUUGAAAUCACAUGUUAACAUUAUAGAUCCUUUCUCUUCUACACAAUACCUCAAUAUAAGUCAUAAUAUAAGUACUACAAUGUACGUCUUUCAUAUUAAUGUGGACUUAUAUGCCAGUUGUGUAAAGAUAAUAAUAUUGUAUGGUACGUGAGUGAAUUAUAAUUAUGCAGAGAGUUCGGUGUUAUCGCUGUAUUUCGUUCUCAAAUUCAUAUUGAAAUGAAAAUAUGGGAGAGAAAGAGAGGUGGAAGUGGGAGAGGUACUCUUUUGUCGGAGAUAAAAGAAUUGCUAUCUUGAAUCAACAAACUACUUUUUAUAUUAGUUUCAAAGAAUCUAUUCAACAGACUUCGCAUGAUAACAAAAGUUGAACUUUCAAGUUAGAAUUAAGAAUCGGCUACAUAUAAAUGCAUCUUCAUUUUAUUUACUUGUGUCUCCUCCUUCUAUUGGUUACUCUCCCAGCCAGAUUCUCCAAAUUCAAAUAUAAUGAACGUGUGCAUUACAAUGUUCAAUAUUGUUGGAGUGAAUCAUAUAGUUUGAUCUUUUUUAGAUUCAUUGUUUGCAAAAGACUCCCCAACCUCACUCUAUCCCACCGAUUCUUUGGAUUUUAUCUUUCUUAUCACUUUUUGGCAAACAUGAUUAAAUUAUGUUGUAUUAUGUAUCAAGUUUAAUUUAUAAUUCUGUACAAUUAUAUAUGAAAGUGAAUGGAAGCAUGAAUUUCAAUCCGUGUUUUUGGUCAUAAUUUAUAACAUGAAAAAGUAAUAACUAAUUAGUAUAGUAUCUAAUGUAUGAAGUAUGAUUAAUGGACUUUAAUUUGGUUGCAAAUUUAUUUAUUUUUUUGUUAAAAAAUAAUCAAGAAAUAAGUCGCAUUAAUCCGGUUUCCCAGUAAAUUGUUUUAAUAGAAAAUCUAAAGCAAUUUAUGAAUUCGAAUUAAGAGUUCUUUGAAAAGUAAUAUUGAAUGUUGGGUGGUGGAAUAGUUUUUUGUGUCUUACUUUUCAUCAUUCUUUAUUUGAAUUAUAUAAAACGCAUUAGUUUUAUGUCACAUUUGGAUACUGUACUUUAUAAUUAACAAUGAAAAUAACUAAACUGUAACUCAACUUUCAUUCUAUUAAGAAAUUAACUACAUACUUGUUUACAAUUUAUUUCAAUCAUAAUCAUUGACAAAUCCUGAAAUUUUAUUUUUUAUGAAAAUAUUACUUAUUAGUGUACCGUAGUUACUUAUACAUGAUUAUUGGUAGUAGUACAUUAAUUCUAGAUAUUGAGGGGAUCAAGUAAGUCAAAGUGUUCAGUAAUAUACAAGUUUAUAUAAAAUUUGUAUUUUGAAACUUAGUUUCAAAGCAUUGCUCAUGUUUGUACAAAAACGACUCUAUGUGAUGACUUUGUAUAAAUAUUUUGCUGUUAUUUAGUUUUUAAGGAAAGCAUGUGAUGUCAUAUUUCAUCUCCUAUUUCCUUCAAGAGUUUCUUCUUUAACUGUCAAUUUAUAUUGAUCAUCUUCCAACAUUUUGUAACUUUUUAUAUAUUGAACUAUUAGUUAGUAAGAAUAGGGUCUCCAGGAUUUAGUAUUGAUUCAGAUUUUGUAUUUUCCUAAUAGAAAAAUACUGUAUGUCUUAUUAUACAUUUCAGCUACUUACCAAAAUAGCGAUAGGCUAUAAUAUGCUACUUCUUCAAUUUGGUUGGAAAAUGAUUAGUGAAUUCGCUUAAUGAACUCAUUUUCUUGUUAUAACUUCAAUUAUCAUAGUGAAAUAGAACGAUAAUUUUAGAAAGAGUUUUGGUGUAUUGGGAUCUUCAUCAUUGUAAAUUAAUAAUUUAUAUUGUCUUCUGUUCAUUUUAUGAAUAAUACGGAUUGUAUGAUUUAUGUAUUGUUGAUGUUUUUAGAUUUCUACUGUUGAUUGAAUAUAUAUUUUUAUAUUCUCCUUGA